AUGACAACGAUUCCCCCUAAACCACCCGACAUAAUUAAUAAAAAUAAUGUCACCAAUUAUACUACCAAAGCCCCCGGAAACCAGGAAACCUCCUUUAAGAACCAACCCCUUAAAGGAACUGAAGAGGCAAACAUUAGCUUUGAACAAACGAUGCCUCUUCCAAAUAUUAAAUACACUGAACCAUCCUCAAGUAAUGCAGAGGCUCUUUUGUCUGAAAAUGGAAGAAUUACUCUCUCUCCUGAGGAUAAAGAACGUAUGUACAUGCCUUGGAAAUAUUCUAUAAUCAUAAAGUUACAAGGCAAACGGAUCAUCUAUCAAACACUUAAAAGAAAAGUUGAAGAACUGUGGAAGCUAAAUGAAAGUUUUCCAUUGAUCGAUCUGGGGUCUGACUAUUAUAUUGCAAAGCUUCAAAAAGCAGAAAGUAUGAACCAUGUCCUGCAAAAAGGACCAUGGUUUGUUUUUGGUUUUUUCUUAAGUUGCCAAAAAUGGAAGCCAAAUUUUGUGGCAGCAAAUGCAAAACAAAUAUGCACUGUCGUAUGGAUCCGUCUACCAAAUCUACCAACUGAAUUCUAUGAUAAAAUAAUCCUUCAAAGGAUUGGCAACUCUAUUGGAAGGUUAUUGAAAGUGGAUGCCUGUACUUCCUCCACUUUACGGGGAAGAUAUGCAAGGUUGUGCGUCGAACUACCAUUAAACAAACCAGUGGACAAGUUCAUAGUUAUAGACGAGUACAAACAAAUCAUUGAGUACGAAGGAGAUAAAUUACUCUGUAAAAACUGUGGGUCCUUAGGCCACACAAAUGGCCAAUGCUUGAUGGUGAUUAACUCUAGAAACAAAGGAGAGAAGCAUGAAGACAAACUUAACCAAUUACAGAGCACUGAGAACGUUACAAAAACAACCUAUGAGGAUGAUUGGCACACUGUCUCAUUCCAGAAAACAAGAAGGUCAGUAAAGCAGUCCACAAGGAUGAACAACUCCACGGAGGAAACAAGGAAGACAGAAGCCAUAUUGAAAUGGCAAAGCACAACAAAACCAUCACAAACAUGA